AUGGAAAUUCACCCCAAUCCCAUUCCAUCCACAUCUCCAACUCCAACCGACAAAGUUCCUGUCAAUCCCAACUACCACCGUCCACUGCAACUCAAAUCACAAGAAAUACCCACAGCAGCCGACACCCAUCCCUCCCCAACCGCCGGUGACCUACCCACACUCCGACAACCUCCAGCAGCACUUGCAGGCACUGCAGUAGCUCCGGCAACCUCUGUUACAACUCCGACGAACCAGUCUAAGGCAGAUUGGUACUCUGAAAUGUGGGGAUAUCCGACACAUCACUCGCCCACUCCAGCAUCUCAUCCUGUCCAAUUUGCGGCCAAGCCAAGGCCUCAAAUUCCUGAAGAUGAGUGUAACUAUUGCCAUCAGAAGGGUCAUUGGAAGCAUCAAUGCCCUAACCGUCCCAAGCCAAAGGGACGAAAUGUUACUCAGUCAACUGGUCCUCAUGCCCCGCAUCAGUCUCGGGCACCACAACAGCAUUCUCGCCCUCCUGCAGCCUUGGCAGCACCGGCCUCCAGUAGUGCACCUCCAGAGUUUGAUUAUGAGCAAUUUCAACAGUUUCAGGCUUACAUGGAAGCCAUUCGAGGGGGUUCCCCCCAAGCUUCUGCCCUGACUACCACUCACUCAGGUUUGCGUGGUUCUCCCACCUCAGGUAUCCAACCCACCACUUGGAUCUUUGAUUCUGGCUCUUCUCAUCAUAUGACUCCUGAUAUGUCUCUUCUUAGUAAUUGUGUGCCACCUGCUUUUCCUAUUAGUAUUGCCACAGCCAAUGGUUCUCCCAUGCAUGUUGCUUCUAUUGGCUCCAUUCUAUCUUCUACUACACCUUCACUAUCUAUUCCUAAUAUUAGGACAUCUGUCUAG